AGCAUUGAAACAUUGAGUGCACGCGGUCGGUCCCCUCCAUGUUUCUCCUUCAUGGCUGUGACUGAUCUUUGAAACUGAUCUCCCUCAUGUAGUCCUGAUCGAUCACAUCCCAACAGUACUGCCACUCCUAAAAUAAGAUAACCAGGCUGGAAUCAAAGUGCAAUACUUGAAGGAGAAACGUGAUUUCCGCUCCGACCGUGCCAUGGAUGUGAUUCUGGACUGCGUACAAACUCCACGGAGAUCAUGACGUCUGAGUAGAAAGGAUUAUUUUAUAUUAUUUUUUUUAACUGAAGAGAAACGACACUAAAAACAGACAUGUUUAACUUUAGAUGUUUUAUUCCGUGCCUUUUAGUUUUAAUUCCAGUGUCUCAGAGUAUACAGGUGGUUGACCGGGAUGGACACGCAUUUCUAGACAAUAUUUUACGAUAUUAUGGUCAAAAUAAUUCGAUCUCACCGGAGCAUCUGGAUGAUUUACUGCUGUUGAUGUCAAACAGAAGAUCUGAGGCAAUAAGUGAAGGAAAUCCACUGGCAGACCAAGAGUGUUUGUCGUCAGAGCAGAUCUUGUCCCACUUUGGGUUGAGUAAUGUCAGUAGGUUGACUGUGGGACAUCUGGGGAGGAUCUGCCCCGCUGUGUUGACCCAGGUGCUGCUGCCCUACUGCCCCCACACCGCCCCCAAAGCUCUGCCGCCCAUCGACUACACUGUGUGGGGUUAUGGGUUUCUGGCGGUCACUGUGAUCAACCUGGCGUCUCUGCUCGGCCUCUUCCUGAUCCCCUUCACCAAGAAGUCUUAUUUUCCCAAAGUGCUGACGUACUUCAUCAGCCUCGCCAUCGGGACCCUCUUCUCCAACGCUGUGCUGCAGCUCAUACCAGAGGCUAUGGGUUUUGAUCCCAAAGUGGAUAACUAUGUGGAGAAUGCAGUUGGAAUAUUUGGAGGGUUUUAUAUCCUGUACUUCGUGGAGAAGAUGUUAAAAAUGGCUCUCAGGGUAGAGAAUGAGCAUGGCCACAGCCACUUCACUCCUGUAGAGCCAUUUCAAGAAAACUCCCUCCACAACGGAGACUUGCAGGUAAAAAAGGACUCUAUCGUUUUGACCAACAUCACCACCAUCGCCACAGACAAGAGCAGCCAGACCCCAGAACCUCCGCAUACAAACGUGACACCUCCUCAGGACAUCCAGGUGUCGGAUGUGAUGUGCCACUGGCUGCGUGGGCAACACGUCUCCAACAUCAAGACGGUGGCGUGGAUGAUAACUCUCAGCGACGCGCUGCACAACUUCAUUGAUGGUCUGGCUAUCGGCGCCUCAUUCACUGUUUCGGUGCUGGCGGGGUUCAGUACGUCCAUCGCCAUCGUAUGUGAGGAAUUUCCCCACGAGCUCGGCGACUUUGUUAUCCUGCUGAAUGCUGGUAUGAGCAUCCCUCAAGCCAUUUUCUUCAACCUGCUGUCGGCAGUGUCCUGUUACAUCGGCCUUGUGUUUGGAAUCCUGCUCGGGAGCAACUUUGCCCCCAAUGCAAUCUUUGCCAUCGCAGGAGGAAUGUUCCUGUACAUUGCACUGGCAGACAUGUUUCCAGAGAUGGACAACAUAUUACGGGAACAGAGGUGCACUUCCACCAAGAUCAUCUUCUUCCUGAUCCAGAACGCAGGGCUGCUCAGCGGCUUCACCAUCAUACUGCUGAUCACCAUGUUUGCAGGAAACAUCAACUUGGGCUAGAGGGGAGGGAGACCAAAACUGGAACGGAAAAAUAAAAGAAGGAGCUGCUUUUGUUUCUGCUCACUCAGCUGGGCAGGAAAGUGUAAAGUGAAUGUUUUUUACAAACAAAACUAAAAUGUCUUAAGCAGAAAUAUUGCUUUCAUAUCUUUUGACUAUCCAGUUAGUGGAAUGUUUACUCCAUAAAAGGGAAAAUCUUUACAAUCAUUUGAUGUAUGAACUAGUCAAAUUGUGUUUUGAAGAGACAAUAAAUUAUUUUUUCAGUCUUCA